UGCAUUCUGAUAUUCAAUGGAGAGAAUUCAAGAGCACGCUGUCUGCAAUGCAGCACGGCUUUUUUUAUGGAACGAGAAGUUGACAAAGAAUCAAAUUUCACCAUCCGAAGGCUUAUGUGUCUGUCUAAUUCGAAGUACAUUCAACGGGAUUCAGCCUUCUGUAUUCAACAAUUAUACUUAUAAAAAAAUGGGAGAUCGGAAGCGUUCUACCGUCAUUCCGUUUGAUCUAUCAAAGUUACUAAACAAAGACGCAUCAUUAGGUCCAAUGCUUGUUUCCCCUACUCUUCAGUUUCUGCCGCAAACUAUCAAACAGUUGGGGGACGAUAUAUCUUUUUCCCUAUUCACAAAGUUUCAAUUUACUCAAGCUUUCCUUAAACCACCACCACGACCAACGUAUGUAAUCGUUCUCGAAAUCUCACAUAUUCGUUGUAUCGAUUUUCGUCCUCCAUUUAAUUUAACCUUGCCGCCCAAUUUCAUACCUCCUCCUGUUCCGUCUCAUUGUCGAUUCGUAAAGAAUUGGAACGAUAUGGGAGGAUGUGGGGAUAUUGUUGAUUUUGUGAAUGAUCCGUAUAAUCGAUACCGUUGGGAGGUUGUGGAGUAUCUUAAGAAAUUAAGGGAAUAUACUGGUGAAGGCGGGAUUUGUCCAACGAAACCACAAAUUGCGAUGGAUGUAGCUAGAGGAUUUGUUGAAGUUGAGGUAAGUUAUCGAUCGUGGUGUCGAAGUUCAGCUUAUUGCAUUGUGGAUCUAAUAGAUGAAAGUUGUCCUGUUUGUUGUGACGAGUUUAAAGACGAGAAUGAAGUGAUUGCAACCUAUUGUUCGCAUGCCUUUCAUAUAAGGUGUCUAUUGCCAUGGCUAUCGAAGAAAAACACUUGCCCAACUUGUCGAGCUGUUUAUCCAUUGCAUUAUUCGCCUAUUUUGGAUCGGCAGUGUCAGUAACAAAAGUCUAGAAU